AAACUUUUGAUUGCGCUUGAGAGUGAACAGGUUCCAACAGGAAGGUGAACUAUUCACAGGAUAGGUUCAGCAUUAUGUGGAUGUGAUUUGACAAAUUAUCGCAGUAAUGAAGGAAUUAGAAGAAGCAGUCGUUGCUCAUGGGAAGGAGAGAGAUUUUAAAAAGCUCGGGUCUGUUCUUGACAACACAGAUUUGAAGGUGCUAAAAAAAUUAUUUAGUAGUAAGUUGGGUCAUAUUGAUGCUUUCCAAAUAAUCAAUUACACAUUGAUGGGAUUGCCAAAAACUGGUUCAGCACAAGUCAAAAGACCAAAGUUGAUUCUGCACGUACUAGAAACUAUGCUAGAAAAGAAUAUGAGUACUAGUGAAGCCAAUAAAAUUAUAGAUUGUUUAUCUUGUGAAAUGAUUUGGCUUAGUCCAUCUCAAAUGGUUCGACUCACACAGUGGUGUGUGGAUAGUAUACAGCAAUCAGAACAAAAAUACAUGGCGUGGAAGGUGUUAUUGCCAAAUCUUUUGAAUUUAUUAAGUGAUUUGUCAAAAGUGGAACUUUCAGGUACUGAAAUGUCUGGCUGUGAAUACAGACGACAAAUAAUCAAUACUCUGUGUAAUACAACUUGGAAUCCUAAUAUUAUCACUUCAGUGGCAGGAAUGUUCACUGAUAUGCAGUUAGCUCCAGAUGAACAUCUUCAGGUUGUGUUCAAACUUUGCCAAGGAAUAGAGAAACUAGAACCUGCAUCACUGCCACCAUUGGUUCAUCAGUUAUUAUUGUUGACCAAACAGCAACAUGGUCUCCCUCUUUUUCUUCAUUUACAACAAUAUUUCACACGUGGUCUGUAUAACCGUAUCCGUUGUGGAGCUCAAGAAUCAAACUCGGGCGAUUUCAUUUCAGAAGAUGUACUUGGAUCAAGACAUGAAUUGAUGCGAGCAGAGAGCACAAUUUUAUUCUACAUCAAUCAGGCUGCUAAUGUUGGAAAUGCCAACAUCAAAGAUCUACUUAAUAGCUUGAAGAGUACAGUCACUGCUCCAGAGUUCUGCCUUAAUCCGUUUUUCUUCACAGUCUUCUUGUCAAUAUCAUUUGUGACAUGCUAUGAAGAUCCGGUAUUUGAUGUCAUAAGAAGUGCUGUAGCUCGUGUUUUGGUAGAAGACAAACGAAAAGAACAUUCAGCCUGGUUGCAGAAUAUCAUUCCUUCUGGGUGUGAUCUUGAAAGGCUUAUCACACAAAUAAUUGAAAGCAGUGGUCGAGAACGUGAGAUGAUUAGAGAGGGCUUUGUGAAGCUUGCUUUUGCUUUGCUGAAAGGUGAUAGUCGUCAAAAGCUUGGCCAUGGUCGACAAGUGUGGAAAUAUGGACGCCUAAUUCUGUGUCGCUUAGUUAAAAAAUACUAUGAUGUUGCACCAACAGUUGUUCAACUCAUUUGCAACCAUAUAAUCAUUGGACCUCACGUUACUCAAUAUGUUGAUACCCUGUUGAAGCUGUCUGUAGGCACCCCACUUAUGUUGGCUGAAUGCCAGGAAAAUCUCAAACAACUGAUUGAGCAAUUGUUGCAGUCUGCAUCAGUGUCACAACAAGUGGUAGUUUGUGUGAUGCCCCUUGUACCAGUGAAGGGCUUCCUCUUAAUGUUGAAGACUUUGGAUGUGAAGUCAUUGGCCAUUGCAACCCAGAGCACCCAGUGUAGUCAAAGUACUUCAUCUCAGGUGCAUUCUGAACCAUUGGAAUGGGGGGAUAGUUUUGGAAAGGAAGUUAUAAAUGUGCUUCAAAGAUGCACAACCCAGCAAGCAGAAGUUCGCAGUGCUUUGUACACAGGACUUUUUGAAGCUGUUUCAAAGAGUCCUCACAUUUAUCCACAUGCUGUGGAUUUCGUACUGAGUCUACUACAAAAAUAUUAUAAAUCAGAUGAAAUUGUCCAGCCACCAUUAGAUUUUAACAAAACAUUGUCUGUGAAGGAAAUGGAUGUAACAUUGAUGGAACCAAUUGGCCAACUGGUGUUCCUUUGCCAGCAAUUUGUUACAAGAGUUGGUUGCAAUGAAGAGUUGGAAGAUGAUAAAUCAGUGAACCAAGUAAGAGAAAUUUUGGACCUGCUCUGCAAACGAAUGAUUAUGUGUACACCAGAAAAUUUAGGACUUGUAGAUGAUGUUGAUUUGAAUGACAUUCUGCCAGAAAGCCGCUGCCUUAAUGAAGUGUAUCACCAAGCUCUUGUAGUCUAUGAAGCACUUAUUGCAUACACAUUUGCUUCAUGGUCAAUUAGCAAGAAGGAUCAUCACCAAGAACUCAUUAGUUUGUUUCGUUCCUAUACAAAGCUGUUAGAUUUUGGAAAGAAUGCUGCAAAGCCUGGUAAAAAUGGAGAGAAAUCUUCUCGAGCCAAAAGGAACAAAUCCAUGAAUGACACCAUAAGUGAACAAAAGGCUGGUAUGAAGAAAAAAGCAAUCGGACUUAAAAAAUCUGCUUCAGUUUUGGAUCUGAAGUCUGUUGUGUUAAUGCUGGAAGCAUUAUUUUCGGAAUCUGUUCCAUGGGCCCAAGAAGAUGAUUUACGCCCUGUAAAAAAUCGACGUGAAUUCUGUCGUUAUGCAUUACAAGUGACUUUGCAGCUUCUUCAACAGGUCCACAGUAUGAAAUAUACUGAUUUACAAGUGGAUUCUGGAUUGUUCAACUAUUGCUCACAGAUUGGGAGUAUUAUUUACAAACGAUUCUUACACAUGGAGGAUGAUGUAGACAGCCCACUUGAAGAAGAUCCUCUGAUGACUGUUCUUGCUGUGGAAUGCUACAAUGAGCUGCUUGCUUCAGUUAUUCUUCAUUUUGAACCACAGCUUCCCCAGUUAUUGGAGGACAUGGGAGGAGUUAAAUAUUCUGAGGGUCUUGGAAAACAGCUACAUGUGCCAAUCAAAAGUGUGCAGAAGCGAUUAGUUGUUUCUCUUGAGGAGGCUGAGGAAACGGAUAAUGAUCCUGUACUUAAAAAAUUGCCAUUGCUUUUUGCAAGCUUAUUAUCUCAGCUCUCUUUGCAUUUGCCUCUUCAUAACUCAACUGCUUCUCAGGUAUUCUCCUGGCUGAAAAAUCUUGUCACAGAAAAAACAAUGACAAAUAAACCAGUAGUGAAAGAAAUAUUUUCUUUGUUAUUCAAGCUACAGAUUCGUCAUAAAGUAGAUGGUGCUUUAUUUGACAACGUCGCAUUGCAAUUACUUAAUCUAAUGGAUGCUAUUGACACUGAUACACCUGUAGAACGAGUCUCUCGAUUUGCAAUUCUUACAGAAGUUACCCAAAUUGUUUGUCUUCAGCAGUUAUGUGCUGCUAUAAUGCACAUGCUAAAUGAUAUUGAUUGGUUAGUUGCUCGUUCAAGAGGAAUGUUUGCUGCUCGAGCAUACCCUUCUUCUCAGUCUUCCGAAGAGAAGACUGAGCACCUUUGCAAACAGGAACGGGAAAUUUGUUCACACAUGAGUCAUUGUGUAAAGCUUGUCACCUUAUUGGUGCGCAUAUCUUUACCAGAAGGACCAGCAAUGGAUUCUGUGCUCAAACUCUUGAUUAAUCUUUAUAACAGUGUUUCAAAUCUAGCCAAGUACUUCAGUAUGCGGUCAUCAAAAGUUGACAUGGCUUUUCAAACUGCUCGAUUUACUCAUGUAGUGCAUUUAACUGCAGUGGAACUUGCCAAACAUGUUCAGUGGUUGCUGCUUCAUGUCAUGGAUGAUCCUGAUGAAGAUGAAGAAGAGAGAAAAAAAUCAAAAAAGGGUGAGAAAUUGAGAAUGGCAAGAGAAUUAAAGGAUUCUAAACUUGUUCCUCGCAUAGUAUAUGGCAUGGAAAUGUUUGAAAAAAAUGUGAUUCUUCUUUCUAAGAAGUGUAAUGUGAAUUUAAUGGAACGUGUAAAGGUGCAUUCUGGUAGAGAUUUCCGCAUUAAGAUAGAUGUUGUAAAGACUACUCUCGAGAAUCAAGAGGGAAAUAAUGAAGAGGAGGCUGACAUUGAAGAAGAUUCAGAUGAAGUACAAAGAAGUGAACUGGAGGCCGACAAAGGUGAGGCGGAGGAGGAAGAGGAAAAAGAGGACGAUGAAGAGGAGGAAGAGGAAGAAGACCUGCCUGCAAGAAAGAAGAAACGCUUUUCAUGAACAUUUAAAUGCUAAGAAGAAACACUUUUUAUAAACAUUUAAAUGCUGUACAGGUAUUUUUUACAUAACAGUGUAUAAAAUAUAUAGUUAAAAAGUGUGAUAUAGUCAACUUAUCAACAAAAUAUAUUUUGAUAUCCUUU